CUGCCUUGAUCACCAGAAAACAGAGCACGUCUUUUCCAGGGAAGUCUGAAGAAAUAGUGCAAGCAUGUUUUUCGCGGCGCUUGCAGUUCUUGUCCACGCCCUAGGCGUGGCAUAUGCCCUCGACUAUGUCGGCGCCAUGGAGACUGGAUUCAUCGGCCUCGAUCCUCGUGGCUGGUCGCCAAUGCCGACACCUGCUCCCUACUACAACCUCUAUCGCCGCCGGCUGCAGAAGAGGGAUCUCACGGACACAUGUGCAAUAUUCAACGACGAGCCGAUAACUUGUCCCCCGAAUGAGUAUUGUGCCUACAAUGGGAACCUCCGCUUCAUGGCCUGCUGCUCGGUCGACGCAAACGGGGACUUCGUCAGUGAUUGCUAUUACACGACCAGCUGUGUCGAUAUAGCUGAAAGUUCGUCCAUAUGUGGUGUGACCACCGGGUGCAUUGGUUUCCAAACAGGGAUCUGUGGAAAAGGCGAUUCUUACCCAGAGUGCGUGACCAUCGUCCUCACUUAUGGAAUCGCGGCAUACACAACCUUUCAAUGUGGCACCACUGCGGCCUAUGUGACGGCAAGCUCACCACCACCUUCGCCACCGACCACCACGACGACGACAAUAACAACGACAUCAAAGACAAGCAGUACGACGACGCCUCCACCAUCUUCUACCACUACCUCCGUCACAUCCACUUCCCCAGCCGCAGUGAUUCAAAAGGCUGAACCCAACCACACGGCUGCGAUUGUGGGUGGCGCCGUGGGAGGAGUGGCAGGUGUCCUGAUUAUCGCUGGUAUUAUUGGGUUCGUCAUCUACAGGAUCCGCGUGAAGAGGCGUGAGGCAGAGUAUGCCGACGAUGCACCAGAGAUGCCUGGGACCGCUCACAUACCGAAAUAG